CCCGGAUAAAGCUAGGAAUAGGAGACAAAGCGUCCACUCUGAGAAGUUCAUGUCGUCUCGCAGAAGGCUGCUCACUGUGGAGCCCCGCCCACCGCCUGCCAAUCACUCUUAAAGGCCACGUCUCAAAGCUUCUCACAUCCAGAGUUUUACAGCAGAAGCCCUUCAUCUCUGAAUGCGAACGCAUUGCUGAGCAGGAGGUGAAUAAAGCAGGCAGUAUGCUGCGCUGGAGAGUGUCGAAGCCCACUGUGCUGAGUCUCGUGUUAAUCCAGGCGGCUGCAGUGGUGCUUCUGUACGGCUGGUUCAUCCGUCCGCCGUCUCCAAACACUGCUGCGUCCGAGGGCAAGGUGCAUGUGCUGCUGCUGUCCUCGUGGAGAUCCGGCUCCUCGUUCCUGGGCCAGGUGUUCAACCAGCAUCCGGACGUCUUUUACCUGAUGGAGCCCGGCUGGCACGUGUGGACGUCUAUGCAGCAGGCCGGCGCGCGCAGCUUGCGGAUGGCGGUGCGCGAUAUGAUUCGCAGCGUGUUUCAGUGCGACAUGUCGGUGAUGGACGCUUACAUGCCCCAGCCGCGCAACGUCUCCAACCUCUUCAUGUGGAGCCACAGCCGCGCACUCUGCUCUCCGCCCGCUUGUUUUCUCAUGGCGCGCGACGAGAUCAGCAAAGAGCAAGACUGCAAGCUGCACUGCGACUCGCAGGGUUUGAAGCUCACCGAGGCGGCGUGUCGGACUUACAGCCAUGUGGUGCUAAAAGAGGUGCGCUUCUUCGAGUUGGAGUCGCUGUAUCCGCUUUUGCGCGACCCGAGUUUGGAUCUGCGCAUCAUCCAUCUGGUUCGCGAUCCUCGAGCGGUGCUUCGUUCCCGUGAGCAGUCGGUCAAAGCCCUGGUCAAAGACAACGCUAUAGUCCUGGAGCAGGCUAAUGUCCCAGAAAAGGAUAAGUCUUAUCAGGUCUUGCAGGAGGUUUGUCGCAGCCACGUGCGAAUUUAUGAAACCGCCACGUUAAAGCCGCCCGAUUUCCUAAGAGGGCGCUAUAAGAUGGUGCGUUAUGAGGAUCUAGUGCGCAACACGCUGGCCGAGAUCGAAGCCAUGUACGAGUUUGUGGGUUUGGAGAUGACCGAAGGUUUGCAGGAGUGGAUCUACCGCAUCACGCACGGGAAGGGCAAGGGAACGAAGAAGGAGGCCUUCAAGAUCACCUCGCGAAACGCCGAGGAUGUCUCCCUGGCUUGGCGAACCACCUUACCGUUUGAGAAAGUGCAGCGCAUCCAGGAGGUCUGCAAAGGAGCCAUGACUCUGCUGGGAUACAAGACGGUGGACAGUGAGAAAGAGCAGAAGCUGCUGGAUUUAGACGUGAUGACCCCGCGAGAGCGCUAUCAGUUCAGCUGGCUGCCCUCGAAAAGCACGACCGCGAAAGUAUCAAAAGCAUAAAGACCUAAGAACGGUGGCGUUUGCCCUUCGGUUUUGUUCUUGUUCGCUUCAUACAAAAGGACAGUCGAACUUGAGUGUCCCAUUGAGCUGCAGAGAACGGGACACUAGAGCAAUAAAGCGCUGUUCUCUUCCUUAACACAGCUUUUAACACUGGAUGCUGUUUUUGAAGAAAUUAUGGUCCAAUAAUGGAAUUCAAGAUGUAUUUAUUGACACAGAAACUAUUAUGGUGGUUUUUGUUUACGAAAAGAACAUUGCAUUUCAAAUUGACGUUGUAGGGUUGAAUCGGAUUGACCAGUUCAGAGCAGUUACGCAGUGUGGUGGCAGAAAAACACUGGUAACAAGUGGAGGGAAACGGGUAAAAUCCACCCAAUAAGAGGAAAAAAUGUAUCGUUGUGCCUUUGGAUGUCAGAAUUGGAAUGCAAAUCAUUUUUAUAGAAUACAAAGAUGCCAUUUGAAACUAAACGCAGACGUUUGAAUGGACCGACUGUUGAUGAAAACUGCUAAGAUUACUCUACUUUUAAAGCGUAAAUUUGAUUUAAACCAUAGAUCUACAUAAUAUUCACAUAUGCAGUUC